UUCUUUUAUUUCCCGUCUCACCCUAUAUUCUCGAUCUAUUUUCCGUGUCCGAUUUCCGAAUCCGAUACGGGUUGUCUCUUCUCACUUUCACUCACUCGCCUCUCUCUCUCAAAUUCUCGGCAAUAAAUAAUCGAAGUGGUUUCGUUUCAACGUUCUUUCUCUCGCCCAUAAUUGUUAAUUUCUACAAUCCCCAACCAUCGAUCGGGCUGUGAUCGGUUCUGAUUCUGCAUGCGCGACCACCGGACCCGCGGGGCCCACUACCACCGCCAACAGAGAAUCUAUGAGCGGUGGCGAUCUUGGGGUUUCGCUGAUUUCCUUUUCUGGAUGUGAAUUGGGUGCAGGGUAAAUGCGUGACACCGGGUAUUAUUUAGGGUUUCGCGGCCUGGUUCUUCUGUUCGCGUGCGUGGUCGCCCCGGUGAUCGGCUUCCUAAUCCGGCGUAAAUGGCGGCUCGCCGUGACGAGGAACGAGGAGAUCAAGCGGCUCUUGGCGCUCGCCGCCGAGGAGGCCGCUAGAGCCGAGCUCGAGGCGUCGGCUGGGUAUAGUGCCUCCAGUGCCUCUUCUGCGGUUCCGAUUUCAACGACUUAUCAUCAGUGCGCCGUGUGUUAUUCCCCUACCACCACCCGCUGUUCCCGAUGCAAGGCCGUCCGAUACUGUUCCGGAAAAUGCCAGAUAAUCCACUGGAGACAAGGUCACAGGGAGGACUGUCAUCCUGCUAGUAACACUCAUCGGAUUAGUGAUGUGGGAAGCAAGUUGACAGAGCGAGACAACCAUGAAAGCAAUGAUGACAGUUUUGAGACUGAAGGAAGGCGGCAUGCAUAUCCAAUCAAAACGUUUCCUGGAGAACCUGCAUUGUCCAAGUCUGGCCAUUCUCCUGAGUCUCCAUGUGAGAAGGCUGCUGAUAUUAAAGACGAGUUUCUUCAAGAUAACGAAGGGACUAAUUCUUCUUCGGAAUCAUCUGGUACUCCAUUCUCUGGAUUUUCUGCUUCCACUGCUAGUGGCGGAGUAUCUGAUGAUGUUUCUGUGAGUGAGAGUAUGAGUUCAAAUGACUCUGGGGGAUCAGAUGUACAUCUGUUUGAUAAUCCCCUUGACAUGCUUGAGACUAGUUUCAAUGUUAAGAACAUGAAUCAAGGGAAGCCAUUAUUGCCAAAAUUUGCUAGUUUAGUCGAUUCUGUAGAUCAUCUUGCUAAAUCAAGUAAACGUAAUCCGACUAAACCUGAUUGUAGUGAUGUUGUGGGUCAGUGUGCAUCAACUAGUUCUUCAGGUUUGGGCAUUAGUCACUUGCAUGUGGAUUCGAUUGCUGAGCCCUGUAUAUUGUCUUCUGGUUUCUCGGGGUCAGCUCCUGACUCCAUUGGGUCCACAAGUGAUGCCCCCAGUAAUUCUGCACUGUCCAAUUCUAAUGGAGCUUAUAACAGAAAAUUUUCUGAUUCUGGUUCUGUCUUACAUUUCUCAUUCAACCUUUCUGAAAGUACUCCUUUGCAUGCACAAGGUGCCAAGGUAAGAGGCAUAAUAUUAGAUGAUGCUCUUCCAGGUUCUUCGAAGAUCACUAAGCCGGUUGGUGGAGCAGUUUUAUCAGAAAAUAUUAGUGUUGGUGCUCCAAAGGUCAAGAAAUCUGCACGCUUGAACCAUGACGGCUCUCGUUGUACUGAUAAUGGCACUAGUGAUUCACAUAUGUUGAAACCCAGAGAAGUUAAAUCUAUGGCAUCUUCCUCUUCAUAUGCUCAUCUAUCUACAAGCACUCUGCGGGAUUCAAUAAGUACAGAUGCUCCCAAUGUCAGUAAACUGCCAUCGUCAAGCUCUGGAGGUUCAAAGCACGUUGCUAAUGACCUGGGGAGUACUUCACAUCAUUUGAAGUCUAGAGAAGUCAGAUGUUUAUCAUCUUGUUCUUCCGAUGCUUGCUUAUCUUCAAGUGCUGAUGGGCAUUCGGUUCCUGUGGUUAAAUUUGGAAAGGUUGAUGGCAUUCAGGCUAUUGCUGCUCUAUCCUCUCAGGAUACUAGUUGUCCAAAUGCUAGGAAUGGCUUGAGAACAUCUGUACGGAAGGUUGUUGAUCAGUUCAGAGGAUCUAAAUUGUCAAAACACUACCCUUUAGGUGAUGGGUGUGAGGUUGCUGGAAGAUACACCGACAAGGGGCUAUUUCCAUAUGAAGUGUUUGUCAAGCUCUACAAUUGGAACAAGGUGGAAUUGCGCCCUUGUGGUCUUAUUAACAGUGGGAACAGCUGCUAUGCUAAUGCUGUGCUCCAGUGCUUGGCAUUUACUCCUCCUUUGAAUUCUUAUUUUCUUCAAGGCAUUCAUUCAAGAGCCUGUGUAAAUAAAGAAGCGUGUUUCAUCUGUGAGUUUGAAAGUUUAAUAUUGAAGGCAAAGGAAGAGAAAUCUCCACUCUCUCCUAUUGGGAUACUUUCACAACUAAAAAAUGUUGGAGGUCAGCUUGGUAAUGGGAGAGAAGAGGAUGCCCAUGAGUUCCUGAGGUAUGCCAUUGAUACAAUGCAAUCUGUUUGCCUUAAGGAAGCUGGCAUACCUGCAUCUGGCUCUUUGGAAGAAGACACCACUCUAAUAGGCCUUACAUUUGGAGGCUACCUCCGUUCAAAGAUUAAGUGCACAAAGUGCCAUGGAAAGUCUGAGCGGCAGGAAAGGAUGAUGGAUCUUACUGUUGAGAUAGAAGGAGAUAUAGGAACCCUGGAAGAGGCUCUUCAUCAAUAUACGCGUACUGAGAUUUUGGAUGGUGAAAACAAAUACCAAUGUAGCAGAUGCCAAUCUUAUGAGAGGGCCAAAAAGAAACUGACAGUAAUGGAGGCUCCGAAUAUCCUUACAAUAGCACUUAAGCGAUUUCAGUCUGGUAAAUUUGGGAAGCUCAAUAAGCCAAUUCAGUUUCCAGAGAUCCUGGACUUGGCGCCAUUUACUAGUGGGACAAGUGAUAAAUCGCCUAUAUAUAAGCUUUAUGGAGUGGUGGUCCACCUGGACAUCAUGAAUGCAUCGUUUUCUGGUCAUUAUGUAUGCUAUGUUAAGAAUAACCAAAACAAGUGGUUCAAGAUUGAUGACAGCACUGUGACUGUUGUGGAACGUGAAAGGGUCUUGACAAAAGGGGCAUACAUGCUUCUUUAUGCCCGGUGCUCACCAAGGGCUCCACGGUUGAUAAGGAACAGAAUUAUUUCUUCCGACUCCAAGAAUAAAGCCAUUCCUUCCUGGAUAAAUGGGAAGAAUACUGCAUCCAAAUUAAGGUCUGCCUCUGCACGUUCCAGUGCUGCGGCUGCUGCCCCCAAUUUACCGCAGUCAAUUUCAACGGACAGUUCUGCCAGCUUUGAAUCCUUUUAUUCAAGAUACCCCCAGCUGCAAAAAAUACUAGAAGAGGACUCAUCAAGUGACAAUUCUUCCCUUAUUAGCAACAACUCCGAUGAAGGUUCCUGCAGCACAGAUAGCACCCGCGACUCUACCAGCACCGACGACUUGUCUGACUUCAUAUUUGGCGAUUCAGGACGUUGUUGGAACAUUAAUUCAGGGAAUCCUUCUGAUUCUGAUACUUCCUCUUCCUCCUCUUCUUCUCCUUUGUGCUCGAGGCAUUCACCCCUUUCUAAUUCGGAGCAGCAAGCUUCGGGUUUACCCGAAACAAGUGGAUCUCGAACAGAGGGAAGUGUUCCUUUUUGGCUUUCUGACACUAGACAAAGUAGAAAGUUAGUUACUAGUAGUAGUUACAGGGAGACUGACUCAGAGAGAUUAGGAUCUAACCUCUUCCACGAUGUUAACUCUGGCAUAUUUAGAAAAUCAUUGAGGGAAAGAAGAGAUUAUUAAACAUUUGGUUAUAAUACAUUUGGUAAAUAACAGUUUAGAGGGGCCUGCGUGUAAUAUACCCUUGUAAGUUUCUUUAUAUAAAUGAAUCAGCCAUAAAUCAUUUUUGUCA